GUACAAAGAAAACAGGAAAGUAUCACACAUUCCUUGAUUGAAUGCUUCACAGACAAACAGAUUAAGUCUCAUCUUAUUUUACAAAGGCUAUUUUUUGUGAACUCCUUAGACGAAAGUGACACUGACAUCAACGAGCUUCGCACAUUUUUAUCCAAACUUUUGGUCGACAAUCCACAAUGGAAACAAAAAGUACCAAAACAGUUUCUGUUUCUUGAAAUGAUGCUAGCUAUAUUAGUUGAUGAAGGACAAUACAUUCUAAGCCGAACAGAUAUAAACAUAAUAAACAAGGAAAACGAAUUCACACCACUCUCAGAGGAGGAACUAGAUAGAUUUCUUCAUAUUCAAAAUAGUUGUGGGAAAUUAACAUACAUAGAUACGCAUUAUCUAAGAAACUUUAUUGUUAUAAAUCCUACCUGUAUAAUAGAUCUUCUGAAAGGUAUUGUUACAGCCUUUCCUAUUUCAUCAGAUAUGAAACACGGCCGACUACGGAAGUCUGAUUUGACGAAAAUGAUAGAUUUCGAAAAAUUCAACCAGCUUGGAAGUUAUUCUGACUUUUUUCGUGAGUUAUUGGUUUACUUUGAUAUACUUGCUGAAAUAAAGCGGUAUGACAAAACAACUGGCAGAAAGAUAGAUAUUGAAUUCUACUUUGUGCCUUGCCUAAUAUAUCAAACAAACACAACCACUUUUGUGGAAAAUUAUAUUAAAUCCGAAAGGUGUAUAAGUUUCGCAUUCGUCUUCGAAAAAUCAUACGUGCCCCCAGCAAUUACAAACAGGUUCAUAUCAUGUGUUUUAAGUAUUUGGAAUGUCAAAAUAUACAAUAAUAUUGAACUACUUUUUUCUGCUUUUGUUGUUGUUAGUCUCGACAGAAAUCACGAUUUAGUUGUUCAGGCAGAUCAAAGUUCGAUAGAAAUUUACUUAAUUCACAAACAGCGCAAGGAACUUAUAAUUAGAGAUUUGGCAUCAAGUGUACGUCAAUGUUUGGAAGAAAAUUUACAAAGAAUUUCGGAGGUGUACUCUGAUUCCUAUACAGACAGUCCAAGUAGAUAUGUUCCGUUUACGAUGAAGGUCAAAUCGGGCUGUCUCUCUCCAAUGUGCUUGAAAGAUAUCGAUGACAUAGAAAAGCUUGCGUUCCCAUUGGUAUGUAAAGCACAUGGAUAUAGAACCCCACAGUCAGAGCUCAAUAUUUGGUUUACGGACAUAAGUGUCCAGCAGUGCAAUGAAACUUGUCAAGGUAUUUCACCUACAAUAUAUAACAUAUGCCUAACAGAUGCAGAAUUGUUACGAUUAUCAAGCAAUCUAACUGUCGAAGAAAUACGUCAGCUUGCAAUUCAUCUUGGUAUAUCAAAUGUUAGAUUAGAUGAGAUAGAGCAAGAUUUUUCAAGAAAUUCAUCAAUGGUCAAGUUUGCCAGUUUACGGACAUGCAGCGAUAACAACAAACUAUGCGGCGAUUUUAUGAAAGCCAUAACCACAGCUGGACUAAACAAGCAUACAAUGUGCAUGAUAGUUCGGCAAGAAAUACCACCAACAGAUUUACCUGAUACUAUUUUGAAUCUAUCUCCUAGUGAUGAGAUGCUAGACAAAUUGGCUUUGCGCAUUGGAAAGAAAUGGAUGGAACUAGGUCUUGAACUUGGACUUGAUAUAGAACAACUCGAAUAUAUCGAAUAUGACAGCCCGAACGUUCUUCGAGAUAUAAGUAAAAACAUGUUAUACCAAUGGAAAGGAACAGAAAAUGGCAAUUCCAUUAGAGAUCUCCAUAACGCAUUUGCAAGAAUUGGAAAAAGAGGAAACCUAAUCCGUGAAACAUUGGAGAAUUGUGAAAGUUUUCCUAAUAUAAAACCAGACCUUUGACUUUAAAUUUAUUA